UCCAUCAUCAUCCUGCUUUCCACCCGUACACAGCAAACAUGGCAACCAAGCGUCCUCAUAGCGAAGUACAUCCCUCCCGCCGAGAGCAAGUCCCUGGCCAGGAGAAGAAGCGCAAGGUCAACCCGCAUCCUCACCGUAAACUCGAACCCAAGGCCAACCCCGUCAACCCUAUCAAGUCGCGAAUCCGCAGUUUGAAUCGUCUACUACAACACAAGGAGAACUUGCCUGCCGAUGUUCGCCUCAACCACGAGCGAGAGCUGAAGUCAUGCGAGUGGGAGCUCGCUCAAGCCGAGAACCAGCAGCGCAAGAAAGACCUGAUUGGCAAAUAUCACAUGGUUCGCUUCUUUGAGCGACGGAAAGCAGAGCGUCGCCUCAAGAAGCUGGAAAGAAGAGCAAAGGAAGGCGAGGCCGAUCUCGAAGAGCAAAUACACGAAGCCAAGGUCGACUUGAAUUAUUCCAUGUACCACCCUCUGGACAUGGUCUACUCAGCAUUGUGGCCGACAAAGGGAAAGAAGGACGCUGAUGGCAAUGAGAUCGAAGUUGAGAAGCAAGGAGACCCGGACAUGUGGCUGGUUGUCGAGAAGUGCAUGGAAGAGGGCAAACUCGACGCACUGAGAAACGGCAAGCUGCUCAAAUCUGCACCCGCACAACUCAACAACGACGACACAAUCGGCCAGAAGGCCUCGAAUGCCAGAGCCAAGAAAGACAAGAAGGCUCAAAAAGAGAAGGAAAAGAAAGCACAGAAGCCUGCGAAGAAGGUCGACGAGGACCAAGUCAUGCGGGAACAAGACGAGGACGAGGACAGCGAGGGAGGCUUCUUCGAGUAAACCACUGUACAUGUUUCUCAAGGCGCAUUUCACUUGUCUUUUUGUUGCGUUCAGCCGCAUAUUGUAUAUACCCAUCAUUGCAUCACCAAAUUAUACCACCUCAAGGCCAGAAACCGC